AUGCGAUCGAUAUUAUAUUCGCUUCUUCUUUUCGCAACAUGCUACGCUGCCGAUCCAAGGCUGUACAGUGACCCAGAUACAAAGCUUCCACAUCUUAACCUGCAUGAGCGAGCCACAUCAACCGACGAACCAGUUGUUGGCCCCAAUAGCAACAAGAAACCCUCAGAAGCUGAAGCAUUUGAGGGAAAUGUCACCCGGUCCGAUGAUGACGUGCAAUCCUCCCUAGAAAAAAGAGCGGAUCCUCGGACACGGUUUGAGGUUCAAUAUGACGCGCCUCAAGAGCUACUUCAGAUCAGCGAGCCACGAGAUUCACUCAGCCCGUACAACUGGGCUUACUAUAUCUAUGAGAAGUUUGCGGGCCAAAAUAUCUAUAUCUAUGUCAUCGACCGAGGUGUUGCCCAUCCGGACUAUAUGGGUCAAGGGAAUGCUCGCCGGGAUAUGAACAAAAGGGAUGCCCACGGUCGGGCUAUUAUCGCAAGAGAACUUCCAGUACACCGACGGAGGAAGGCUAUCCAGACACAGGCUUCUAUCGAUAAAGGAGAGCACCCUGAAGUUGAUGACGACCCUCAAUCCCAUGGAACAGCAGUGGCCAUCAAAGCUCUGGGAACUAAAUUCGGAGUGGCGAAAAAAGCAAUUCUUAUACCAGUGAAGAUCGCGGGAAGGACCGACUAUGAUCUUCAAACAGGGGUAAAUGCAGCCGGGCGUGAUAUCAUGGGCCAGCGAGAUCGUCGCUGGAGAAAGUCUAUUGUCGUUGCUGCGAUGGGCAGUAAGGAUCCAAAGUCAAAUAGUGAUCCAGAGGCGGGCGUGUUCGCUGAAAGGUUUACCAACCUUCAAGACAUGGGAGUUCCUGUUGUCCUGGCUUCCGGGAACUAUGCUCAAGAGGUCUGGCAUGGCCACCGACGAACUGACAUUGAUAUCCUCCCAGCCAUUGUCGCACAAAGAGGGAUCCCUGUCUCGGUGAUAGGAAGUGUGGAUUACCUUGGAAACAUGAUGCCGGCUAGUCAGGGUGGGCAUCUACUCACGGCCUGCACCAUGGGUCAUCGGGUUGAAACGUAUAACAAACAUGGUCGCCUUUUUCAUCCAUCUGGAACCUCUGUUGGUAAGCCCCUCUCCCCAUCUUCAUAUUCUGGGAAGGAUCUGCCAAAAGCUCAUACAGUCUUCAAUGAUAGCUGCCCCUAUUUGGGCUGGACAAAUGGCUAUUGUCAUGUCAAGGCCCGAUUGGCAAGCGAACACACAGCAUAUGACUCCCGGCAACAUGGUGACUCAUCUAGUCCGCUGGAUGCAAACUUAUAUGACGUGCAAUCGGAAUGGGAAUAG